AUGCAAAGUUCGUCGAGCUCGAUGGCGCAGCCGGACGCCAUACUGGAGUGGCUUCACAAGGAGAUGGGGUACCGGCCGUUGGGAAACUACAGUGGUUCGACGAACAAGUCCCAGCUUCCUUCCAUUGAUGCGCUGCGGAAGAUAUGUCGGGGUAACUUGAUACCCGUCUGGAGUUUCUUGAUUAAUAGGGUCAAGUCGGAGAAGACGGUGGAGAGUAUACGGAAGAACAUCAUGGUACACGGCGGCGACAGUGUUGGUGGAGGUGGUGUUGAGCGUGGGGGUCCAGUGAGUACUUCUGGGAAAGAUGACGGCGGUGCCGGCGGCGGCAGGAGUAAAGGAGGUGGGAGGAGGAAGGAGAAGGUGGUUGGUGGGGAUGUUUCUAGUAGUGCGGCAGAGAGUAGGGAUUUGGCGUUGCGGGAAAGGGAGUUGGCUGCAAAGGAGGUGGAGAGGUUGAGGAAUAUUGUUAGGCGUCAGAGGAAGGAUUUGAAAGCCCGAAUGCUCGAGAUCUCGAGGGAGGAGGCGGAGAGGAAGAGAAUGAUCGAUGAACGCUCUAAAAACAGGCAUAAGCAGGUGGUGCUGGAAUCAUACGAUCAGCAGUGUGAUGAAGCAGCAAGAAUAUUUGCCGAAUACCACAAACGUCUUUGUUACUAUGUUAAUCAAGCCAGGGAUGCUCGGAAGUCGAGUGCUGACUCUUCUGCCGAUGUGGUUAGCAAUGCCAGUGGGAACAGUGACAAGGAAUCAGUUUAUUCGACUGUUAAGGGUGCUAAAUCUGCUGAUGAUGUUAUUCUUAUCGAGACAGCCCAUGAGAGAAAUAUUAGAAAGGCUUGUGAAUCUCUUGCGGGUCAUAUGAUUGACAGAGUACGCAUUUCCUUUCCGGCAUAUGAGGCAAGUGGUAUUCAUUCAUCUCCUCAACUGGAAGCUGCAAAACUGGGUAUCGAUUUUGACGGGGAGUUACCUGAUGAAGUUAGAACCAUCAUUGUGCAUUGUUUGAAGAAUCCUCCUCAAUUACUCAACGCAAUCACCCUAUACACAUCGCGACUAAAAUCUAUGAUUUCUAGGGAAAUUGAGAAAAUUGAUGUCAGAGCUGAUGCAGAAACUUUAAGAUACAAGUAUGAGAACAACAGAGUACUGGAGGCGUCUUCUCCUGAUGCCAGGUCUCCAUUACAUUAUCAACUGCAUGAAAAUGGGAAGUUUGGAACAGAUAUUCCUUCUGGAGGAACUCAAAAUCAACUCCUUGAAAGACAGAAAGCUCAUGUUCAGCUAUUUCUGGCUACUGAAGAUUCACUGAACAAAGCUGCCAAGGCUAGGGACUUGUGUCAUAGUCUUAUAAAGCAAUUGCAUGGGAGCGGCAAUCUGAGUUCUACACAUGCACUUACUGUUACUGGUACAUCACAGAGCCUUGGCAGUCUCCGACAAUUUGAGUUGGAGGUUUGGGCCAAGGAGAGAGAGGCUGCAGGAUUAAGGGCAAGUUUGAACAUACUGAUGUCUGAAAUCCAGCGCUUAAAUAAGCUUUGUGCGGAGAGGAGAGAAGCUGAAGAUUCUUUAAGAAAGAAAUGGAAGAAGAUUGAAGAGUUUGAUGCGCGGAGAUCUGAACUUGAAACUGUUUACACUGCUUUACUGAAGGCCAACCAGGAUGCAGCCACAUUCUGGAAUCAGCAGCCGUUGGCUGCACGGGAGUAUGCAUCAACCACUAUUAUUCCAUCCUGCACAGUUGUGUUGCACAUCGCGAACGCUGCAAAAGAUCUUAUUGAUAAUGAAGUUAAAGCUUUCUCUAGGAGUCCUGAUAAUAGCCUUUAUAUGCUGCCUUCUACUCCACAGGCACUUCUGGAAUCAAUGGGUUCCACAGGAUCUACAGGACCUGAAGCUACUGCUGCUGUAGAGAAGAAUGCUGCUCUGCUGACAGCAAGAGCUGGUGCUAGGGAUCCAUCAGCAAUUCCAUCCAUAUGCCGUAUAUCUGCUGCUCUCCAAUAUCCUGCUGGUUUGGAGGGUUCGGAUACUGGUCUAGCAUCAGUGUUAGAGUCCUUGGAGUUCUGUCUGAAUCUACGUGGUUCUGAGGCUAGUGUUCUAGAAGACUUGGCAAAGGCAAUCAACAUGGUCCACAUAAGACAGGAUCUUGUUGAAAGUGGUCAUGCACUUUUGAACCAUGCAUAUCGAGCUCAACAAGAUUAUGAAAGGACAACAAACUAUUGUUUGAGUUUAGCUUCCGAGCAGGAGAAGAUUGUCAAGGAGAAGUGGCUUCCUGAGCUUAAAGCUGCUAGUUUUGAGGCUCAAAAGUGUCUGGAAGAUUGCAAAUACGUUAGAGGUUUGCUUGACGAGUGGUGGGAACAACCAGCAUCCACAGUCGUUGAUUGGGUUGCUGUUGAUGGGAAAAACGUCGCUAGCUGGAUUAAUCACGUCAAGCAACUUCUUACGUUAUCAUGA